AGAAAAGCGGGGGAGGAUUUAAAACGGAGUCGUUUUCGUGUCAUGAUAAGGAAAAGACCGAACGACAGGAGUACCCAACGCCAGCAACCUUCGAGCCUAUGGCAGAAUUGCAAAAAUCUUCGAUCAUUACAGCAAAUUCACGCUACCCUUAUUAUAAAAGGUUUCAAUUCAACCUCAUAUGCUUUAAGAGAGCUCAUUUUCGCAAGUGCGAUUGUCAUUUCCGGCACUAUGGACUAUGCCCACCAACUGUUUGAUCAAAUUACUGAACCAGAUAUCUUCAUGUGGAACACCAUGAUGAGAGGCUCAGCUCAAAGUCAAAAACCUUUAAAAGCAAUUUCACUCUAUACCCAGAUGGAGAAUCGUGGUAUAAAGCCCGAUAAAUAUACAUUUUCGUUCUUGCUUAAGGCGUGUACUAGGCUUGAAUGGAAAAUCAUGGGGUUUUGUAUCCAUGGGAAGGUUUUGAAAUUUGGGUUUCAAGAAAAUACAUUUGUGAGAAAUACCCUUAUUUAUUAUCAUGCUAAAUUUGGGGAUUUAAGGAUAGCUCGGACCAUUUUUGAUGGCUCAGCGGAAAAUGAUGUUGUUGCUUGGUCUGCUUUGACUGCUGGAUAUGCAAGGAGAGGAGAAUUAUGUGUGGCUAGGAGGUUGUUUGAUGAGAUGCCUAUGAAAGAUUUGGUCGCUUGGAAUGUGAUGAUUACUGCUUAUGUUAAAAGAGGGGAGAUGGGUUGCGCUAGGGAACUCUUUAACGAGGUUUCUAAAAGAGAUGUUGUGACUUGGAAUGCAAUGAUUUCAGGGUAUGUGCUCUGUGGGGAGACUAAGAAAGCAUUAGAAAUGUUUGAAGAGAUGAGAAGUGUUGGAGAGCAGCCAGAUGAGGUUACAAUGUUGAGCCUUUUAUCAGCUUGUGCAGAUUUGGGAGAUCUGGAGGUUGGUAGAAAAGUGCAUUGUUCAAUAUUAGAGAUGAGCUUGGGAGAUUUAAGUGUCUUAUUAGGGAAUGCAAUUAUACACAUGUAUGCUAAAUGUGGGAGUGUUGAAAGGGCACUUGAAGUUUUCAGCGGGAUGAGGACGAAAGAUGUUUCAACAUGGAAUUCAGUUAUAGUAGGAUUGGCUUUGCAUGGCCAUGCCAAGGAGUCAAUUGAUGUGUUUACAGUGAUGCAGAGGCUAAAAAAUACUAUGCCAGAUGAAAUAACUUUUGUCGGGGUGCUAGUUGCUUGUAGUCAUGUUGGCAAAGUUGAAGAGGGUCGUAAAUAUUUUAAUCUUAUGAAAGAAAAAUAUCAUAUAGAUCCAAAUGUAAAGCACUACGGGUGCAUGGUUGAUUUGUUAGGGAGGGCGGGGCUAUUAAAUGAGGCAUUUGAAUUCAUAGAUAAGAUGAAGAUUGAACCUAAUGCUAUCAUUUGGAGGACUCUGCUGGGGGCUUGUAGAGUACAUGGAAAUGUCGAGUUGGGUAGGUGUGCAAAUGAAAAACUACUUGGAUUGAGAAGGGAUGAAAGUGGGGAUUAUGUGUUAUUGUCUAACAUAUAUGCAUCAAUAGGUGAAUGGGAUGGGGCUGAGAAGGUAAGGAAAUUAUUGGACGAUAGUGGAGCGAGGAAGGAGACUGGAUAUAGCCUAAUUGAAGGAGAUGAAAAAGCUCUAAUGGAAUUCUUAUUUGAUUCAAAACACAAGUUAAAUUCAAGAAACAUACAAUCAUGAUCAGCAAGUUGUGAACUAAUGCUUGCUGACCAACAAGAAUGUUAAGGAUUGGCUUUGAAAUUGGAUUAGCAAACUCUGAGUAUGGGUGGAGGAUUCUGAAGUAAGAAUGCUGGCUUGAGGAACACAACCACUGGAGGAACAGAUCAAUCAGUUUCGUCGAGAAAGGGCUGAUGCAGACAUCAAGAUUAGCAGUAUGAGCACAGCUACACCAACAAAGGAUCCGAUCAAGGAACCGGAGAUUCGCCUGCAGAAAGAAUAGAAUUGUCGACAGAUAGCAAACCAGUUUGUUAUAGUAUUUCCGUUGUGUGCCAAGUAUACAAUAGCGGCUGCUGCUGAUGCUCCAGCCAUUAAGAGAUCCAGCAUCACCUACAGGUAUGUACCAGAGACAGCAAACUUGAGUUUUAGAAUCAUUAUCAGACUAAAAAAUAUUUAAUAAAAUCAAUUAUUACCGUA